ACCGACAUCAAGCCCAUGGCUGUCACCGUGGCUUCUAUAUUAUAUACAGAGGCGUGCUUUUCCAGCCUAUUCUCCUACACAAAGCGACUCAUGAAGCAAACAGAUGAACAGACACCAGGCUCUUUCUCUGGCAAUCACACAUUCUCCCCAUCCAACCCACGCUCCCUCCUCAUCCCCGAGCCAGUCAGAGUCGGGAUGAAGGGAUCUCCCCAGGCCCUAGGGUGCAUGGAUAUCCACUACUGCGACCCAAGUGUAACGGCGGCGUCAGUGGGGAAGGAUAUUCCAGUGCCACCGACAGGGAACAGCUCCAUAAUAACUAUCCGAACGGACAAAUGAGAGCACCAAACCACCGUCAGUCAUGCAUGGCAAUUUGGUAAACUGACGGAUGGACGCCGUGAUUUGUGCUGCCUGCGGGAUUUGACGUCAAGCUGAUGAUGCUGAGGAUGGAGUUGAAGAUACCGCGAGAGCAAAGGUGUGUAAGGGCGUGACAGUCGUACAAUACGACUAGUCCUAAAAGCAAGGCGCCAGACUGGUUAAUCAGCAUUCUCAGCCAAUGAUACCUCGCUGUAGACGAAUCUGGUCACGGGACCAUAAUAUAACGCAGGAAGCAGUAAUGCCCAUACGGCCGGCAGAGAAUUUCCUCACCGCAUCUCUCCAGAGAGCCGCAACACAACGCAAGUCGCAACGCAACCUCAGACUCAUCCUCAACGCCCGAGCAGCAUCUCAAUCCGCCCACAAACCCACUCUCGCCUUUUUUCCCGAUUCCCCCAUCGUCAGCGUCACCAUUGGAGCUGCCUGCCGGCGCUAUCUCCCACGCCGCGCCCGUAAUAUCCCUUCCCCUCCCCUACUAAUAAGCUUGGAACCCAAACGCGAGUCACCAGAACAACACGUAAAGAAACAGUCCUUUCUGAGCCCAUUUGCCAGGCAGUGGGCAGAUAAAAGACGCCUUUCACGGACACCCCUACGCCUUUCGUUUUGCUCCGUGACUUCGUGGUACUUGGCAGUUUCUGAGUAUUUUUCCUUGAUCCCCCUCCUUUUGCGGUUGUUGAUCAGUGGCUGCCUGGCAUUUUUGCUACUGUUCUGAUCCCGAAGAUUAUUAUUAUUAUUAUUAUUAUUUCCGGCAUUAUUUAUUCUCGCUAUAAUUAUUUCCCGCCCCGAAAAAUAGGAAAACCUGCACGGCUAAUAAUAAUAAUAAUGAAUAACCAACCCCAUUCUUCCUAUCCGACACUUCAGCAACAUCCAAUGGUUGCGAUCUCUCCCGCAGGCUACCCGAUGCAACAUCUUCCCCAGGCUCAGGCUCAGGCACAAGCUCAAGCUCAAGCUCAAGCGCAGGCGCAUGCGCAGGCUCAGGCUCAGGCGCAUCUUCAGGCUCAGGUUCAGGCACAAGCACAGGCUCAAGCGCGUGCUCAGGGUCUGCCCUACUAUCCGAAUCCCAAUCAGUUUCCUCCCCAAUCGAGAGCGCCACAGAUCCACCACCAACCUGUACAGCAUGGUGGUGGCUACGGACCCGUUCCACUGCAUGCUGGUACGUCAGCCAUGAUGAUGUCUCCCGGCCUUCCCCAUCAUUCGUCCGGUCUUAGUCCCAUGCCUCACCCGUCAAAUUUCUCUAAUCCUCAGUUUAUGCAAUCAAUUCCAGCUACCGUGGCUCAGUCCCCCAUCCCUCAAUCGCCCUCGCCACAGAAUAUGGUCACCCUAUCGCAAAGUCAACCACAAACAAUGACUACCAUUGCCGCAUCAAAUCCUCUUUUUUCCACCCCUCCCCGUCCCUCCCAGACUCCAAACUAUCAACCACAGCAACAACAGCAGCAACAGCAACAACUCCAACAACAGACACACUCCCCAGUCGCCGCGCUCUCCCCCCAGCAGGCUGCCCGUGAGAGGGCCCGUGUGACCGUUCUUCUCGAUAUCAAUUCAGCGCUGUUACAGGAAGUGGUGAAUCUCCAAGCCUCAGGGAAGGCAGGUGUAACCCCCACCCAGCUCGCUGCCCAACAAUCUUCACCCGUCAAGGAGGGCAGUACAGCCUCUCCGACUUCCCCUACCGACAUCACGGGCUCGCAAUCGCAGAACCCUGGCACUGGUGCAGAGGGGUCCAAACCUACGUCUGGACCCGCCAACAAGCCCAGCAUUGAAUAUAUCGACUGCAUGCGACGUCUCCAGGCGAACUUGGCUUACCUUGCUACUGUUGCAGAUCGGGCAAAGAAAUCAGGGGCUGCGGCCCCACAGGCACCCGCAAUCAUGACGCCACCACCAAGCCUUCCCGGUGUUGCGGACUUAUAUACCAAGCUGAAUGAACUCUUUCCCGGGGCGACCAAACCAGGUGGCGGACCUCCAUCUACCCCUCAACAUCAGCAACAUCACCAGCAACGACAGUCUUCAGUGCCCCAACCUUCACCACAAGGAAAUGGUGCGCCAGUUCGUAACUCGCCGGCGGGAACGGUGGGUUGAGUGGACGCGCAAAGAAUGUAAAGAUAUGGUUUGUCUACUUUUUUUUUAUCUACUUCCCCGUUGGGAUUUUUCUGAAGGGCUAUUCGGAGCUUGCCACAAAGCAAUGUCAAAACGUCGCGAGUUCCUCGGGUUGCAAGACGCACGGGCCACGAAAGUGCAACCUGACCGCACGGACGAUGCUGUAACUCGGCAUCACAAUGUUUGGGCGUAGCGGAAGCCCUUGAGAGAAAGGAUCCACGCAUGCACGAAAUAGGCGUUUGGAUUGCCGCAGCCUCCUCACGAGGAGCAUGGGGGGGAUGUGUUUAGAAAGAUGUAUAUUUUCAAACAACAGGCGCCUCACUUGAACAGUCUAGGGUGCCUCCCGCCCGACCGCUGAAAUGGGAAAAAGGACAGGUUCCACAAACUCCAUUUUGUUUUGUUCGUUCGACAUCUCGAAAGCGCGUCGUACGUUUGCGAAUACAAGGUGUGAGGAAGGGCGGUAUGUAUGUGUUUGGAGGUAAUUGAGGGAGGGGCAUGGAAACGGAUAUGCUCGCGCAGAUGAUGGGGAUAGUAACGCGCUCCUGAUUUAUUCUGGUAACCGUUCUACGCGACGGAAGUAAAGGGGGAUCACUAGAAUAUAUAUAUUAUUAUAUGUACCCUGUUAUAUCAUUUUUUAUUUUCUACUUCUAGUAACCACGACGAGAUAUCUAUGCGCCUGUCUGGCCUGUCCCUUUCACUUGUUUUAAUUUCUUCCAUGGUAUAGUAGUCGGGGCACUUUGCUGGCAAUAGAUCAAAUGAAAAAAAAUACUCAACAAUGCUCUGGCUUCUCAUGUAUUUUAAAUACCCGGUGCUACCACCAGCCACAGCCGGCGAUAUUAC